AUGGUGCCCGAAACAAAGUUUGAAGAAAACGUAAAUGAUCCUUUUAAAGUAGAGCCAAAAGAAGAUAAACGUAAAGCUACACGAAGAAGAAAAUUGGACGCAUGUUCUUCCUUAGCUCUUUACAAAAGCUGUCAACAAGAGGGUCACAGUACAUCGCGAUCUCAUGAAUGCCCUAAUAAUAUACCAUCGAAGUCCGAAGACUUUGUAAACAAUCUUGGAUUUCCUUACAAAGCUUUCACGAGAAAACUCCCAUUGGACACUGCUGUCAACAAUGAAUACAAAGAGCUACUAAUAAAUAAGAUCAUUAUCACUUCAAACGAUCCCCGUAAUAUCAUAUCCAGGGCAAUGAUGCUCAUAAACAGCUACUGCCUGGCACCUUCUCGUGAUUCAAUACCUAACUCCAUUUACAAACAGAAAUUUUGGUACCCGGUAUGCCAACUUGUCAAGGACAGAAAAGUAACAAAGAGCGCUAACGUACCACCAGAUCUUGUAAAAUCCUGGGAUACCUAUAGAGCCUCGAUUAAAAAUACCGUAUACGAUCAAACCUCAUAA